AUGGGCUCUGAUUGCUGUGCCCCUCCUCCCGUCGAGGCUGCUCCAGCUGUGACUCCUCAGCCGGGCGGUUGCCGCGACUUGUGCUGCGUCGACUCUGACAAGACCAUUCUCGCCGCAGACAACGAUCUGGACAAAGACAAGGACGCUGCUCCCGACUGCUGCGCCGGCAAACCUGGUCCAUGCUGCGACACGUCUUGCCUUGAUCGCCUCGCCGUGCGCGAGUGCGCGGGCGGCCCCGAUACCUGCCGCGGCGUGGUCGACGGCAAGGCCUGUUCUCAGCACAGCCUCUCGAUUCUCGACCGCUACAGCGUCACCCUUGAAACGCUAGGAUGCAUCUGCCGUGCCCUUAUCGCCCUUGGCGAAGAGACGUGCUGCGACAUUCGUGAUCGCCACUCUGCCUACGGCGGUAGCGGAGGGCGUGCCAAUUUGCCCCAGGGUCGCUCCCGCUCUUCCGAGACCGUUAGAAGUAGCAGCAGCAGCAGCAGCAGUGUCACGAAGGAUCAGGCCACGCAGAAUCGACUCCGGCUGCGUGGCAAAGGCUCGGGUGACAGCGCUCUCAGGCCGACCGCAGCACCGCCCAAGAACGCCUGCCCUGGAUCUUGCUGCUCGCCUGCUGUUGUGAUGUCGAUGUCGGCGACUCGCAAGGGAAAAGAAAAAGAGUAUCCCUGCGCUGAGGCGAGUGGUUGCACGUCAGGCGGUGGAUCUUGCUGUGGUGAAGACAACAAGUCUGCGAGCAACGCUUCGUCUUGCUGCGGCAAACCAGUUGCCGCUGAAAAGGGAUUGGCUGCUGGCUGCUGCGAGAAGCUUACUGACAACAAGGCUGCCUGUGGAGACGCUUGCGAGAAGCCUGUGGCUAAGGUAUUGAACUCUGCUGGUUCUUGCGCUGAGCUGAAGCCUGCCGAGAAAAGCCGCGCCCAUUCCUGCUGUGAGAAACAUGCCGCCGGGGAAGCUUGCGUUGAGCCCUGCAGCGAGGAGCCAAAAAAUGCAGCAAGGAGUUGUGCGGAUGCGUGCUGUGACGCACCAGUCAGAAAGAUGAACAGUCGCACUGCGAUGAGCUGCGAGCAGCCUGCUGUUGACAACAGCUGUGCCGAUUCUUGCUGCGAUUCCUCUCUUGCUGACAAGAGCUGCGCCGACGCUUGCUGCAAGAAGCCGGCCGUUGCAGCAGAAAGUUGUGCAGAUUCUUGCUGUGAUGUCCCCGCGACAGUGGACCACGAUGGCAACAUGGCCAUUGAAGCCAUUCCCGAUAUUGAGGAUCAAGGACUCGGUAAAGAGCGUGUCAUUCUCAGCAUCUCUGGCAUGACUUGCACUGGCUGUGAAACAAAGCUCAGUCGAACUCUUGCCAGUGUUCCCGCAGUCAAAGAUCUCAAAACGAGUCUGGUUCUCUCGCGUGCCGAAUUCAACAUUGAUCUUCGCCUUGGCACCGUUGCUGAAGUGAUUAAGCAUCUGGAGCGGACGACUGAGUUCAAAUGUGAGCGUAUGCAGAAUCAAGGAUCCAGUCUCGACUUAAUCAUCUCCACCGACCCUUCCAAAUUCAUCGACCAAACCUGGCCGGAUGGGGUCAUGGAUAUGGUGGUCAUUGACAAGCAGACCGUUCGCGCCACAUUCGAUCCUAAGAUUGUGGGAGCUCGAGAUCUUGCCGAGAGGUCCUGGGGAGAGCCAUUUGGUCUUGCACCUCCUCGUGGCGACGCGUCACUUGAAGCAGGUAGCAAGCAUGUCAAGCACAUUGGAUGGAUGACGCUUCUCUCUGCCAUCUUGACGAUUCCAGUCUUGGUCCUGGCUUGGGCACCGCUACCUAAGAGAGAAGUUGCCUACUCCUCCGCCUCGCUCGCCCUGGCUACCAUUGUCCAGGUCGUCAUCGGUGGCCCUUUUUAUCCCAAGGCGCUCAAAGCUCUCGUCUUUUCCCGGGUCAUUGAAAUGGACUUACUCAUUGUCUUGAGUACCAGCGCCGCCUACGCUUUCUCUGUCGUUUCUUUCGGAUACCUUAUUGCAGGCAAGCCACUUUCGACUGGUCAAUUUUUCGAGACCAGCACGCUUCUCGUCACACUGAUCAUGGUUGGGCGAUGGGUUGCUGCCCUGGCGCGUCAGAGAGCUGUCGAGUCCAUUUCUAUGGAGUCGUUGCAAUCGCCGACGGCUAUUCUACUUGUAAACGGCACCGAACGCGAGAUUGACGUCCGUCUCCUUCAAUAUGGUGACGUUUUUAGGGUUCUUCCCGACAGCAGAAUUCCGACCGACGGUACUGUCAUUUCCGGUUCUUCUGAGACUGACGAAUCCAUGCUCACGGGUGAAUCAAAGCCUGCUGAGAAGUACCCAAAAUCCGCGGUUAUUGCAGGAUCUAUCAAUGGCCCUGGGGCUUUGACUGUUCGACUCAACCGCCUUCCCUGCGACAACACUAUCAAUACGAUUGCAGACAUGGUCAAUGAGGCGAAGUUGUCGAAACCGAAACUACAAAACCUCGCCGACCAAGUUGCAUGUUACUUUGUCCCCGUCGUAAUGGUCUUGACCAUUGUUACCUUUGUCAUUUGGGUCGUUUUAGGCACGACAACUCGCCACCAGAACGGGUCUGAAGCUACUAUUCAAGCUGUUACCUACGCCAUUACGGUUCUCAUCGUCUCUUGCCCCUGUGCCAUUGGUCUGGCCGUUCCCAUGGUUAUCGUCAUUGCCAGUGGUGCAGCUGCUAAAAAAGGCAUCAUCUUCAAGUCUGCUGAUGCCAUUGAAGUCGCAUACAAGACACGCCACGUUGUGUUUGACAAGACUGGAACUUUGACGCGCGGAAAACUGUCAGUCACUGCGGAGCAAUGCUUGGGCGAAAGCAAACUUCCUCUUCUCCUCGGCCUCCUGCAGAACAGCAGACACCCCGUCUCCAUCGCUGUAGCUACCCAUCUCGAAACUAAAGGCAUUACAGCCGCCGCCGUUCCUGAGCCGAAAAGUCUUACCGGAAAAGGUGUCGAGACCGUGGCUGGUGGCCAGCGGCUGCAAGCUGGUAAUUCUCACUGGCUUAACUUGUUUAAUCACGCCCUCGUUCAACCAAUGCUCGCAAACGGCUGCACCGUCUUCUGCUUCUCUAUCGAUGGCGUUCUCAUAGCCGCUUAUAGCCUCGAAGAUGAGCUACGCCCUGACGCUGCUACCACUGUCGAAGCCUUGAAAAAGCGCAACAUUUCGGUUCACCUAGUGUCGGGCGACGAUGACGGCGCUGUUCAGGCUUGUGCAUCCAAACUCGGCAUCCCUGUCAGCAACGUGGUUUCUCGCAGCUCUCCGGCCGGCAAAGGCGACUAUGUCAAGAAACUCGAUUCGGUCAUAUUUUGCGGCGAUGGCACGAAUGAUGCUGUUGCUCUCGCGCAGGCCACGAUUGGUGUGCACAUCAACCAAGGCGCCGAUGUCGCGCAGGCGGCCGCGGACGUGGUUCUCGUGCGCCCACACCUCGACGGCAUCCUCGCAAUGAUGAAUGUCAGCCGAAAGUCGGUCAAUCGGAUCUGGUUCAACUUUGCGUGGAGUGCUCUUUACAACACGUUUGCGGUCCUCCUCGCGGCAGGCGCUUUUAUCAAUGCCAGAAUCCCACCUGAAUUCGCUGGACUGGGCGAGCUCGUGAGCGUCUUGCCCGUCAUUGCCGCCGCUGUGCUUUUGCGGUGGGCAGAUAUUUAG